AGCGAGUGGUGGAGAAAAUCGGACCGUGGACUUGGAGCGUCAAGAUGAAAAGACGAUCCACCCGAAGUUUUUCCCCAGCUCAGGCCUUGGAGACGGCUGAGGAGCCAGUGGAAACUGCCCACAGCCAGAGAGAUUGCAAACUUAAGACAAAUAAUCCCAAACCUGCAAGCAAGAGAGGUCGGCCAAGGAAAGCACCUUUUGAGGUCAAGACUGAAGAUGUUCAAAACACAGAUGCAGCAAAGGUCCUCUGUUCAGAAUCAUCUAUCAAACAUCUACAGAAGGAAGAUUCUGAGAUUGUCAAGACAGAAGAGGAAGAAAAUGUGGAAGACAUGAAGAAAGAAAAUGUCGCUGAGAAGGACGGAAAUAUAAUUUCAUCUGUGGUGUUGUCUGAUCAACAGACAGAGAACGACAAAAAACUACCCAAUGCCAUCAUUGAAAACAACCAACCAAUGAACAGUGAAGAUCAGGAAGUUAAAGGGUGA